GGUAAGGAACUUUUUCCAGAAAAUGGUCAGUUGUGUAGCUUGUGGCUAUUCAAAAACACCAAAGAAAAACAAUUCCGGUGUAACAUUUCACAGAUUUCCUAAGGAUGAAAGACGUAGAUUUAGAUGGGUGAGUUUUGUUAAUAAGCCUGGGUUUACUCCUAACAACAGGAGCUUAUUGUGCUCCAAGCACUUCAAGGAAGAAUGUUUCAACAGAUCUUCACAAUCUGUUAUUAGAUUAUUUCCCAAUGCAUUUCCAACUAUAGAAGCUCCCCGUGUGAAAUAUGUAAGUGAUGAAUUGUUGGUAAGGACUGUUAUUAUUUCUUGAACUGGGGUCGUUAUGG